AAUGUGCAUUAUAUAUUAAUCUGUGGUAUCGUAUGUGAUUGCACUCGAAUUACUUUCAGUAUGUGAAAUAAAAAUUAUCUACGAAACCAAACUAAACAAGGUCAUUGCCAUAGAGUUGCUAUAUUAUUGGCGGGCUAACAUUUUACAUCGAGAUGGAAAUGCUGCAGGCGGGCGCGGGCGCGGGCGGCGGCUACAUGGGCGCGCCCAUCUACGACCUGCAGCAGGUGGGCGACGUGUACUCGGGGCCCGGCGCCAAGUGGUCGACGCUGGCCGGCCUGCUGGGCGGCGGCGGCGCGCGCCUGGCGCCCGACGCGGCCGACGCGGUGGCGCGCGCCAAGAAGUACGCCAUGGAGCAGAGCAUCAAGAUGGUGCUGAUGAAGCAGACGCUGGCGCACCAGCAGCAGCAGAUGGCCACGCAGCGCACGCAGGUGCAGCGGCAGCAGGCGCUGGCGCUCAUGUGCAGGGUGUACGUGGGCUCCAUCUCCUUCGAGCUGAAGGAGGACACCAUCCGCCAGGCCUUCCUGCCCUUCGGCCCCAUCAAGUCCAUCAACAUGUCGUGGGACCCGGUGACGCAGAAGCACAAGGGCUUCGCCUUCGUGGAGUACGAGAUCCCCGAGGCGGCGCAGCUCAGCCUGGAGCAGAUGAACGGCGUGAUGCUGGGCGGGCGCAACAUCAAGGUGGUGGGCCGGCCCUCCAACAUGCCGCAGGCGCAGGCCGUCAUCGACGAGAUCCAGGAGGAGGCCAAGCGCUACAACCGCAUCUACGUGGCGUCCGUGCACCCCGAGCUCACGGAGGACGACAUCAAGAACGUGUUCGAGGCCUUCGGCAGCAUCGCGCACUGCCAGCUCGCGCACGGCGCCAGCCAGCACAAGCACAAGGGCUACGGGUUCAUCGAGUACGGCUCGCUGCCCGCCGCGCUCGAGGCCAUCGCCUCCAUGAACCUGUUCGACCUGGGCGGCCAGUACCUGCGCGUGGGCCGCGCCAUCACGCCGCCCAACGCGCUGGCCGGCCCGCCGCCGCCCGGCGCCAUGCCCACCGCCGCCGCCGUGGCCGCCGCCGCCGCCACGGCCAAGAUCCAGGCCAUGGACGCCGUCGCCAGCAACGCCGUGGCGCUCGGCCUCAGCAAGCUGUCGGCGCUGGGCGUGCCGGCCGCCGCCGCGCUGCCGACGCUGGCCGCCGCGCUGCCGCUGCCGCCGCCGCCGCCCGCCGCGCUGCCGCCGCCCGGCGUGGUGAUCCCGCGCGCGCCGCCCGACGCGCCGCCCGACGCGCCGGCCGUGCAGCAGGCGGCGCUGCAGCGCAAGCUGCUGGACAGCUCGCCCGACACGCUGCAGCAGCAGGAGUCGCUGAGCAUCUCGGGGCAGUCGGCGCGCCACCUGGUCAUGCAGCGGCUCAUGCGGCGGCGCGCAUCGCGCACACUGCUGCUGCGCAACAUGGUGGCGGCUGACGAGGUGGACGAGGCGCUGCACCACGAGAUCCAGGAGGAGUGCAGCAAGUGGGGCCGCGUGGAGCGCCUCGUCAUCUACAACGAGCGCCAGAGCGAGGACGACGACCCCGCGCACGCCAACGUCAAGAUCUUCGUGCAGUUCGCGGAGGCCGAGGAGGCGGCGGCGGCGGCGGCGGCGCUGGCGGGCCGCUACUUCGGCGGGCGCACCGUGAGCGCCGCGCUCUACGACCAGGACCUGUUCGACCACGGCGACCUGUCGGCCUAGUGCCAACGGGCGCACCGUGAGCGCCGCGCUCUACGACCAGGACCUGUUCGACCACGGCGACCUGUCGGCCUAGUGCCGGCGGGCGCACCGUGAGCGCCGCGCUCUACGACCAGGACCUGUUCGACCACGGCGACCUGUCGGCCUAGUGCCGGCGGGCGCGCCGUGAGCGCCGCGCUCUACGACAGGACGUUCCGUUCGUCGCUGACGCGAACAUUGGAGUGUUGUGCUGACGUACGAGCGAUGAGUCGCAGCCUCCAUUGUUGAUGUAAUAUUACUGAUAACAUAAGUGACACACGUAUUGUAAAGUAGAUAAUAAAUUUAAGUUUCUAAAAAUAUAA